UCCAUUUUGCCACAUGUAAUUUCUUGUCACCAGUGAGCAAGGAUCAAGAAAAAGAAAUAUUCCAAUUAGCUUUACAGCCCUUCAAGUAUUCUGAGGGAAUUUGUGCUCUACUUUUCUCAAAAGUGCUUCUCCCACACUAUAAGAACCAACAAGCUUCAAGCACAUCUCCACCACACAUUCAAAAGUUCAGUUUCUCUAAUCUUCAAUUCAAUGACUACUACUCGCAAGCAGCUUGAAGUUCUAACAGAUGAUCAAACUCCACACAAAUGGUGUGUUUUAUUGAGAGAAGAUGUGUUCAAGAAGUUCAUGUCUCAAGGCAGUCCAGCAGUGCACAAGGUUUUUGGUGGAGGGUCAUUGUUCAGUCCCUUCUUGUUUGGGAAAUUUUUUGAUCCUUCUGAUGCCUUCCCACUGUGGGAGUUUGAUGCAGAUAUCUUGUUGGCUGGUCUCAGAAGCUCUGGUCAAAGCAGUACUGUUGACUGGUUUCAAACAGAUCAAGAUUAUGUACUAAAAGCAGAUCUACCAGGAGAUGGGAAAAACAAUGUUCAGGUCUAUGAAGAAAAUGGGAAGGUUGUGGAAAUUAGUGGGCAGUGGAAGCAGCAAGGAGGAGAUUCCAAGAGCACAAAAGAUUGGAGAAGUGGGAAUUGGUGGGAACAUGGGUAUGUUAGGAAGCUUGAGCUCCCACAAGAUGCAGAUGGGAGAAGAAUAGAGGCCUCUGUGACUAAUGACCUACUUUUGGAAAUCAAAAUCCACAAGAUCAACCCCUUGGAUUGUGAUAUUAAUCAUCUGACCAUGAAAGAUAAGGAAGCAGUGUAAGUUCAACCAAAAUAUACUGCUAGUGAUGACUUGUUUAUUUUGACAUACUUGUUGUAACA